CAAAUUGAUCAAUUAAGAAAGAAAGUAUAUAUUAGCCUUAGCUUGAGCUCAUAGGAAGGAAUUGAAGAUCAAAUAAGCAGUCAAAAAUGGUGUCAUCAUCAUCGUCACUAAGGCUCCAGAAGAGGCUAGCAGCUAGCAUUCUCAGCUGUGGGAAACGGAAGAUCUGGGUCGACCCAGAUCCCAAUCAAACCAAUAACAUCUCCACCGCCAUCUCCAGAAUGAAUGUAAGAAAGCUGAUCAAGGAUGGUCUGAUUAUCAAGAAGCCAGCGAUAAUCCAGUCGCGAUUUCGCGCGAGACGAGCGGUGGAAGCGAAGAGGAAGGGGAGGAACUGUGGAUAUGGGAAGAGGAAAGGGAGCAGAGAAGCAAGGGCGCCAUUGAAGGUGGCGUGGAUGAAGAGAGUAAGAGUUUUGAGGCGUUUGCUGCAUAGGUAUCGCGAUUGUAGCAGAAUAGACCGCCAUGUCCACCAUGAUUUGUACAUGAAGGUGAAGGGGAACAGAUUCAAGAACAAGAGGUGUUUGAUGGAAUGCUUACACAAAUUGAGGGAUAAUGAAAAGCUAAGGGGGAAAACAUUACUACAUCAGCUCAAAGUCACUGCACAACGGUAAUAAAAAGGUUAUUAUAGCUAGCUAGCUUGUUAAUUGUUAUAUAUGUGUAAUUGAUAUAAUUUUUACAGUGUAUGUUUUUGAGUAGUA